AGUUCAGCGCGUUGUUUGAAAGAAAAGUAAAAGUUAACUACACUCACGCACUCUUCGAAGGAAAGGAAAGAAAAAGCCAAAGGAAGAGACAGUACAUCGACCGCUGCUACGACAGACGCCCACCCAAGUCUGGCGCACACACGCAGAAACAACAACAUACACGUACAGUCUGCAAAGCAGGUUGGUUGGUUGGUUGAGUUCUCCCCCUUUUGAUGCAUUUUCCCCCCUUUCUUCGCCUUUUUCUUUCUUUGCAAUAUUGAAGCGCUUUCUGCUUACAUCCUAACUUGAAAGGUUUCGGCCCACUCUACCCCUCUACCUUUGGACUUCGUAGGGUCCCCGCAAGCCAAAUAAGAAGCAUUUAAAAGGAAAAGUUCUCACCUUUUGUUUCCUUGGUUAUUAUUAUUAUUUUCAUUCGUAACUAAAAGCUGCGCCUGCGCUGCGACCCAACUCACUCCUCGAAGCACGCGUUUCGUUGUUAAGCCUGCACUUUUCUGUUUCUAUCCUCGUCUCCUCCAGCCACAAAAAAACUGAAGCACAAGUGAAAGGGAAAACGAACACAGCAGGAAAAACGAUUAGUACGUGUUUCAAAAUCUAUAGAGGGUGUGCUGGAGAGCUCUGAGCGAAAGACAAGGCUUUCUUACGUUCUUCAUUCAGGAAAAAGUAAUAAUCAAAAAGAAGUGCAGAGCUGCUGGAAAACGAAUACAGCUUUCAGUAUCAUCAUACUACUUUUUUAAAAGGGAGAAAACGAGGGCUUCAAGAUUGAAACAGGCGUUCCACGCGCAAAGAAAUAUACUAUACUUCGGUCUCCUCUAUUUCGUUUUCCUUUUAUCUUUUUCCUUUACUCUCUCUCUCUCCCUCUCUCGGUAUUUAUGGUUAUUGAAAGACAUCGAUCUUUUCAAGUUUUUUUGUUUCUCCUUGUCACCGAGCUGUGCGCUAUCCACGGUUUUCUUUAGUUUUGUUUCAUCGUUGUUGAGAGUUCGUGAUUAUUCUACUUUUCCCUUUUUUUGUUUUGCUUUACCGCUUUUCUCCGUUGUUUCUCACUUUUGUAUUUUCCCGCAAUUCCCCCCCCCCUCCUAAAAAACUCUUGAAAAUUACUCUUUCUUUUUUUCUAGAAGUACUUUAUCUCUUCUUUUUGUUUUCAUCAUCAUCAUCAUCUUGUCUCUUCUGUUCUGCCUUUUCUCUUGCUGCAUCCGACACACGCCCAAACAUCCAAACACACACACACACACAAAUUGAGUAGCAAUAGAAACUGUGUGUGCGUGCAUGCGUGUGUGCGUGUGCGUAAACGGCAUCUAGGUGAUUUGGCUCCGUAAGCGCACUGCCUUUAAAAAAGCUGUGAUUUGGAGCUCAACGCUAGUUCUAUUUCUAUAUAUAUAUAUAUAUAUUUGUAAAGAUCUUUGCUUUUUAUUUGCUCUCCUUUUCUUUCUUCUCCUGCUAUCCGAAGAGUGCAUUGUGGCGGAGUCGGGAGUCCCGUGUGCACCGACCAAAGAAAGAAAGAAAGAGGGUCACUUUGAGCGUAUCGUGGGAAAGAACAAAACAAACUCGAAGCGCCCGCGCUGAGCCCUUCUAGCCGCACCCCAGAGAGAAGGAAGAACACCACCGACUACAACCGAAGUUCAUACUCAAAGAAGAAGAAUACAUGGUGAUCCGCACGCGUCGCACGGGGCAGGGAAACACGGACCUCGGCCAUCGUCUUGGCGUUCCGCAGUCCCCGCCGUCGCCUCCGUCACCACCUCCACCACCGUACGCCUAUGUGGACGACAACGCAAAAGGCGCACGCCGCUGGACCUCCGCCGUGAAUGCGAACAACAUCAGCAACCAUAACUGCCACAUCUCGACAGUGUUCACAUCACCUCCUCCACCACCGAUGGCCAUGCCCUUGCAGCCACACCUCCGUGCACCGCAGCAGAAGCAAACAACACCACCGUCGAUGCGGCCGUCCUCACCGCCACAGAUACAGGUGCCACCACCACCACCACCGCCGCACUCCACCAUCUUCGGUGGCCGGUUUGCCUUGCUUGAGCGUCUCGGUAGCGGUGGCUUCGGCGAUGUCUUUCGCGCAGAGGAGCGUGGACAGGCGGUGCCGCUCGCCGUGAAGGUUGAGCAGGUCACCGAGUCGAACAGCCGCCCUGAUCAGUCUUUUCUGUUUCACGAGGCAAAGGUCUUGCAGGAGAUCCAUAAGUCGAUUCAGGCCCGCAAUGCGAAGCUGAAGGCGGACCGCGAGGCGGAGCAAGAGAACGGCGAACGCGAAACCGCCGAGCCGAACCCCGACGCCGUCGGCAUCACGAAGCUGAAGUACUACGGACAGGACAACAUGCAGCGGGUGCUGAUCAUGUCGCUGCACGGGCACUCGGUGGAGACGGUGCACCGCCGCCAAGGCCGGCUCUCGCUCUUCGCGACGGUGAUGAUUGCGGAUCAGCUGCUGAGCAGCCUCGAGCAUGUACACCGCGCGGGCUACGUGCAUGCGGACUUGAAGCCGGACAACAUCCUCUUCGGACGCAAGGAUCCCGAGCAGCUGUACCUCGUAGACUUCGGCUUGAGUGUGCGAUACCGCGAUCGCGAGGGCAAGCAUCGCCCCCUCAUCACGAACCACAGCUUCGUCGGCACGCCGCGUUACGCGUCGCUGCGCACGCACAUGGGCUACACCCUUUCCCGGCGGGAUGACAUUGAGCAGCUGGUAUACGUCAUGAUCUAUCUCUUUCGUGGUCGCCUGCCGUGGUCGGGACUUCGCAUCGACGACCCGGACGCGAAGGAGAAGCGUAUUGCGAAGAUGAAGGCGAACAUCUCGCUGGACACGAUCUGCGCCGGCUGCCCCGAGGCGUUCCGCGACGUGCUGAACUAUGCGCGAUGCAUGGAGUUCGAAGAGGAGCCGCAGUACGAGUAUCUGCAUUUGCUGCUCUUCUCGUUGCGCGAGGCGUGCAUGAUGGGGGCGGCGGGCGAGACAGUGUGCGCCGCUGCCUCUCAGCCGGCUCAACAGCUGCCGCAACCGCAGCAGCCGGUGCAAGCGAACGUCAAGGGACGCCAGGGAGACAAACGCGUAGAGAGAACGGCCGAGGGCAGGAUGGGGGACCGACAGUCCGAAUUUGCUAUGGACCCAAACAUAUUCUCUGGCGGUGGGAACGACGUGGAGGGCGACAACGCGAACCCCCUGCUGUCCGGCCGAGAAGACGACGCUCCUGCGUUCUUUAGUGAUGCGGUUGGACAGGGUAUCUUGUCUGCGAAUGCGGCGGACACGGGCCCGCUCUCGCCGCGUAUCGACUGCCUGAACGAUGGCCGGUCCUCGAAGUCUAUGGAGCUUGGCACAGGGCUCGGCUCUCCGGUCCGACGCUCGCUGCGGUAG